GACCACCGUGUCGGCAGGGGGCGGUAGAGCUCCGGCUGGUCGCUGUCACCAUUAAAAGAAGAAGAAGAAGAAGAAGAGUUGCUAACAAUGGCGGCUCCCUCAGAGUUCCGGAUGGACCUGCUGCCUUCAGACCCGCUGCUGCACGUCUUAUCCUUCCUGAGCUUCAGAGACCUGAUCCACUGCAGCUUCGUCAGCAGGAGGUUGAAUGAACUCUCCAAACACAAUCCUCUGUGGAAGCUUCUCUGCUCUAAACACUGGCUGCUCUCAGAUGUGGACCGGCUGCAGAGCGGUCUGUCCUGGUACUGUCUGUUCAAACAGUACUACAGAGACCUGGGUCGGUACCUGCAGUACUACCCGGUCCUGAGGAGAUCCUGGGACCAGCUGAAGAACUUCCUGCAGCAGAGAUGUCCCCGUAUGAUCGCAUCACUUAAAGAGGGCGCCACAGAGGCGGAGCUUAACGACAUCGAGGCUCAGAUCGGGUUCAGACUUCCAGACGACUAUCGCUGCUCGUAUCGAAUUCACAACGGACAGAAACUGGUGAUCCCAGGGUUGAUGGGCAGCAUGUCUCUCUCUAAUCAUUACCGCUCUGAGGUUCUUCUGGACGUGGAGACAGCAGCUGGUGGUUUCCAGCAGAGGAAGGGGAUGAGACGCUGCCUCCCGUUGACCUUCUGCUUCCACACGGGUCUCAGUCAGUACAUGGCGCUGCAGCCGGCCGAGGGGCGCCGGAUGUACGAGAGCUUCUACCCCUGCCCCGAUCAGACGGCUCGGGAUCCUUCAGUCAUCGACAUGUUCAUCACAGGUUCCUGUUUCUUGGAGUGGUUCACGAGUUACGUCAACAACGUGGUCACAGGAGAAUAUCCGAUCAUCAGAGACCAAAUCUUCAGAUACGUCCACGAUAAAAGCUGCGUGGCGACCACUGGUGACAUCAGUGUCUCAGUUUCUACUUCCUUCCUGCCUGAACUGUCAUCAGUUCAUCCCCCACACUUCUUCUUCACCUACCGCAUCAGGAUUGAGAUGUUGAGCUCUGCGUCUCCUGAAGCCGCCUGUCAGCUCGACAGUCGUUACUGGAAGAUCACAACGUCAGACGGAAACGUGGAGGAAGUUCAGGGGCCGGGUGUGGUCGGUGAGUUCCCGGUCAUGACUCCUGGGAAAGUGCACGAGUACGCCAGCUGCACGACCUUCUCCACGCCGUCAGAGUACAUGGAGGGUCACUACAGCUUCCACAGGCUGGCCAAUAAGGAGGAAGUGUUCCACGUGGCGAUCCCUCGCUUCCACAUGGUGUGCCCGCCCUUCAGAGAGCCCGCAGAGCGAACGCUGAGGGAACCGUACGCCGAAACGCCUUUCCCCGAUGCUGACUGCGAGUUCGGUGAGUACGGCGAGAGAGGCAGCGACAGAGACAACGCAGACAACGGAGAAGACGACGGUGACGGAGACGACGGCGACCAAAGAGACGAUGAUGAUGAUGACGGUAAUGACGGCGAUGACUUCGGCAACCUGAGAGGAAUCAACAUGGCGGCCUUGGAGGGAGCGUGGUGCCCUCGACACAUCUGACCCCCCUUUAACCACCCGCACUGCAGCGUUGUCAAGGAAACCAAACUCAGCUGUCAAUCACUCAGGUCUGAUUUCUGACACAAAGACUUCUGGGAGGACCUGAGUGAUUGACAGGCAGCCGGGGAUUCUGGGAAAUGUAACCAGAGCCGUACACAGACAAGGUCACGUGGACUUCCAGCUGUCAAUCAAAGGGAUGAACUUAAAAAGUGAGCGCGGCGAUGAUGUCAUCAUGAUAGAGUGACCAUGUUUGAUUUGGAGGAGAGGCGGAGCUGUGGUCGCUCUGAACGCUCUGCUUCUUUAAACAGCAGGCGGCGUGCUGCUAGACGGCGCCCGUCAGGACGCUUUGAAGAGAACAUUCUUUCUUCUUCUUUACCUCAGAGUUGCCGUGGUUACGUGGUCUCUUUGUUUACCUUACCUAGAUCGAUAUCCAUCCCUGUUGUUACCAUGGCAACACAAACAGAAGUCCUGGACAGCGGAUGUCGGGUCAUUUAAGGAACCCCUGCACGCUGUCUCAGGCCCCCGUGUCCACCUGGCGCAGUCUUUCUGAGCGCCAGCGUCAGAGUCAACUUUUCAGAAAGGCGCUCAUGAUGUCAGCGGCGCUCUUUUCUAAACGUUUGACUAACGCUCCGCAUCUGAAAUGUAAAAAGUAUCGGAGCAGCGUCGCUCAUACAGCAGGCGUUAUCAACAGACUGUUGCCAUGGAGACGGAGGGACACACAGCGGCACUUUUCUAGGUGGACACGGGGCUUUAGAUGUGUCGGCCAUGUUUGUUAAAGAGCCAACACGAUUGAUCUUCUCUCUUCUGAUUGGUUGAUGUUGCGGCGUCACUUCUCACCGUGCCAAAUAUGACUUUGAUUAAAGAACCUUCGAUCUGUUUCCAGGUGAAUGUUUAGACGAGGUCAGCUGAUGCUGCUGAUUGAAGAAGCUUCUGUUUGGGUUGUGACAUCACUCUGCUCGACCAAUGGGACGCCGAGACUCAGAGUGUUUCAUCUUUUGGUGCUUUGUGUUAAUCAUCUUUCUGUCUUCUCGUGACGAGGGCGUGUCAUCACUCUCUCGUGUGAUUGGUGGAUUUGUUUUGUAAGUUUUUCGGCUGAAUAAAUCACCGUUUCCUUCCA